GUUCGGAUUAAUCCUCAGUGAAAUAACGUUAAAUAUUUGCCUUUUUCUUUCAUUAAUCGUAUUACGUUUGGUUUUAAUCAGAUUAAUCUAAAUAACAAACUCUCCAUAUCUUGGCAUUAAGGCCGGAAUAAUUGGCAAAAUAAUGCAGUAAAUAGUUGCACGCCACAUAUUCACUUCUGAGCUCAGUGCUUUAUCUCUGUGUGCAAUUCUCUGGUCUACCAGAACGAGGCGCUGUUGUACAAGGGGAUGCACAAUCUCUAUUUGGUUGCGGGAAAUAUGUUUUAUUUUCUAAAUUAAGAAAUGACCGAAAACUUUUAAUGUAUGCCGCGUUUCAGACUGUAUCAGGGGACACUUCCAGAUGAGGAUGCUUUCGCCGACAGAGCCGGCGAUCAUGUGUUUGAUCGGGAUGGUGUUAUGUCAUUUUUCCGACUGCUUUACAAACUAGCAGGUAAACUUGAAAAAAUAAGCCGUGGCAGAAAGCUUCACCUUUAUAACGACAUUUGACCGAAAAGACCCGAAAGCGUAUUUCCUGACUACUUUGAUCCGUAUUAAUUCGCGUGUGUGUUGUUUUUGCUUUUCGGUGUUUUAUUUGCUCUGUUUGGAUAAGUUGGAUUGGAUUAAAAAGCCAAAGGACCUUGUCGAGUUACUGGCUUUGCACUGGAAAUAGUGCUGAAUAUACACAACUCGUGGUCUGAGUACGAAAAAUCGCGUUGAUGCACAGGAAUAACUGUGUUUGCUAACGUUUACGCCGACGAAAUCAACCUGAGGAGUUUAUACUAAGUUUGUGUGCGAUCCGAUAAACCAGCUGUAGCGCGAUCUCACAGUUGUUCAUUAAAUUAGUGUAUCGAGCUGACACAGUUUCGUUUAUAAACUCAACAAAAUGCGAUAGACACGGGAAAGCAGUCCACUCAGUUAAAUUGGAUCGGGUAUUUUGGCGUGAGGCCUGCUGGUCGGGCUUUUGCCGGGUGAGAUUUGGGGGUAAGGCCGCGUCAGGUCGCGUUCAGCCCGGCCGAGAGUGACGCGCAGUCCCGGUGCCAGAGGACGAGCAAUGGAGAGGAUGGAGGUGGACCAGUGCGCAGGCGCAGGAGGAGCCCUCCGAAGGUCGAACAGCGCCCCCAUGAUCACGAACGUCAGUGAUGGGACGACAGUAUUCAGCUCUAACAGUUCGGCUCGGUAUCGUCGGAGCAGCGUUUCUGUAAACCCGAGCUGUCCCUCCCGGACCCUCCCUAUGUCUCCAUUCUCCCUGUCAUGUGAGAGAUCCGAACACAAGAGACAGAUUGAGAAUAUGGAGCUCACUUUGAGAGGGAGUUUACAGAGACUAAGUGCCUCAUCUGCUGUUCCCUUCCCUCCUGCGGGUCAUUGGCAUGACCAUCUGUCUCCAGGAUUCCAUUCCCAGGACAGCGGUGUCACUCCUAAUUCCUCACCCAGUCCAACUCGAAGGUUUCGAGGAGGAUCUGUGAGCUCUGGAGUGAGAUGGCCAUCAGUUGCACCUUUAAAAAGAAAAGGUGGAGUGGAAUCGGACGGUCCGCCCAAAAAGCUCUUUGUUGCUGGAGUCACAGACCCUGCUCACAUAACCAGUUACACAGUCAGUGUUUCCCAGUCAGUGGACUCUUCCUCUGGGACUGCUCCUGUUGGUUCAAGCACCCAGGCCACCCCCCUGUCCCUCUCCCCUCCGCCCCCCUUCACCUCUCACCACCCCAGCAUCUAAACCCCCAGUAUUCGUCCACACCAUCACCUUGUAGAACUCUGGACUCAAGCUGUUGUAAAAUGAAGACCAAACUUUCGACCUAACCUCGGUUCUGUCCCUUUUUGCUUUUAAUUUGGUGCUUCAAAUAGAGUAUUUCAGUUCAAUCGCUUCUGAAGGAGAUUCGCUGUGACUUUGAUUUCAAAUGAAAUCAAGAUGCAAUAUAAAGAAGACAAAUCUUCUGGAUGUAUCUGACACGACAACAUGGAUGCCGCAGGCUGUCUUGUAAUUUGUGAAUAAUUAUGGAUCUUCGGUGCCUACAGAAUAGGGUGUUGUAUAUAUGAAAUAGUAUCUGCAAUAACACAUUGCAAUGAAAUUAUUCAGGUAAUUAAAACCUGGUGAAUACUGACAUAAAGGAGGACCCAAAACAAAAGUUUUCUUUGUUUUCCUCAAGUUGUGGCAAAACGCUUUUGUAUUUUGGUACAUCUUCAGCUUCCAUUAAAUGGGUCCAACAAUCUGGUAACUCAUCCAGAAUGCGCAGAAAAAAAAGACUAUGGAUAGAGAGUAUUAAAAUCAGUUGGCCACAGCUGUCAACAUUUUGUAUAAAUGUGUAUAAAUAUGUGAAUAAUCGAAUAUUAUUUUGGUAGGUAUUAAUGCUAUGUUUCUCUCUUGUGUUUAUCCGAGGGGUCUGAUGUCUGUAAAUAUGUUUAUUUUUCCAUAUAGCUUUUAGCUUGGACUGAACUUUGAGUUUGAUAAAUAUUCUUUAAAUCAUUGGAAAUGAUACCAGUGCAUUCAGCCAACUCCCACUUUUUGAUUCGCUUAUCGCUGACUUAAAGGAACAUUUCACCCAUAAAUUUAAAUUUGCUGACAAUUUAUUCAUCCACAGGCUGUCCAAGAUAUAGAUGAGUUUGUAUCUUCAUCAAAACACAUUUGGAGAAUGUGGUUUUCGUGUCUACACCGGACGUAAGGGCAACGCAACAAAAUAUAGUAGAACCCAUUAUAAUCAGUGAUGCUGUCUACACUGGAUGCGGCGCGACACGACAAAUCCCCGACAGUAAACUGCUGCCGCGUUCUCUUUAUGACGUGCUGACACAAAGUUCACAUUAUUUGCAACGGUCACUUUGUCACAUCCAGUGUAGACAGACAGGUGUUGCAGCGCGGUGCAACUGUCGCGUCCAGUGUAGACACAGUGUUAUUGGUCCACUGUUUUGGAACUGACAUUGAUGAGCAGUGCUGCAUGUUAAAGUUUCAAUUUUGUUAACUUGACACAGCGUUUUAAACGCGCCACUCGUGCAAGACUCUGCAAAAGACACGAGCGCAGUGGUCAUAUCCGUAUAGCGCCGACUACACAUGUGAUAGUUUUUAAUAGUAAAGUAUUACCAGGAUCUAAAGGAGAAGUCCAUUUCCAAAACAAAGAUUCACAUAUAAUGUACCCCUUGUCAUCCAAGAUGUUCAUGUCUUUCUUUCUUUAGUCAUAAAGAAAUUGUUUUUUGAGGAAAACAUUUCAGGAUUUUUCUCCAUAUAAUGGACUGAUAUGGUGCCCCGAUUUUGAACUUCCAAAAUGCAGUUUAAACGAUCCCAAAUGCGGUUGUAAACGAGUCCAGCCGAGGAAGAAGGGUCUUAUCUAGUGGUUAUUUUCAUAAAAAUAAAAAACAAUUUAAAUACUUUUUAAUAUCAAAUGCUCAUCUUGCUUUGUGCUGCCUGAACUCUGUGUAUUCUGCCUCAAGACAGUUAGGGUAUGUCGAAAAACUCCAAUUGUAUUUUCUCCCUCAACUUCAAAAAUCAUUUCAAAAUCAUCCUGCAUCGCUGCAGAAGUACCGACCCAGUCUUUGCAAAGUGAACGUGCAAAGAAGGUCAAACACCCUUAACAAAAAAGGUAAAACAGCGAUAUAGGAUGAUUUUGAAGUUGAGGGAGAACAUGAGAUGGGAGUUUUUUGACAUACCCUAACUAUCUUGAACCGGAAAAAAAAACAGUCCAUGCAGAGAUGAGGCAAGAUGAGCAUUUGAUAUUAAAAAGUAUAUAAAUUGUAUUAUUUUUAUGAAAAUAACCGAUCGUUUCGCUAGAUAAGACCCUUCUUUCUCAGCUGGGAUCUACAACCGCAUUUGGGAUUGUUUGAAGCAUUUAAACUGCAUUUUGGAAGUUCAAAAUUGGGGCACCAUAUCAGUCCAUUAUAUGGAAAAAAAAAUGCUGAAAUGUUUUCCUCAAAAGACAUAAUUUCUUUACGACUGAAGAAAGAAAGACAUGAACAUCUUGGAUGACAAGGGGGCGAGUACAUUAUAUGUGAAUCUUUGUUUUGGAAGUGGACUUCUCCUUUAAAAAAAAUAUGGCUGAUAUGCGAAAAUUACGUCGGUAGCUUCUGAAAUUCGGUUUUGAGUACUUUUUUCGAUUAAUCGCCCUAGGCUUAAGGGUGAGUAAAUUGUUAGCAAAUGUCAAUUUUUGAGUGAACUAUUGCUUUAAAACAAGUACUGUAAAGACUAGAUGUCUCACUUCGCAUCUACAAAGCACUUUUAGCGAAAAGUCUACAUUGAAAACUGAACUAGAACCUUAGAAUGUAUCCCGUCUGAGGCAAAAUGCUUUGUUUAGUACGCCCCAGUGUGGAAAUCAUUAGUCAAACUGUUUUCCCUUCUAAUGAAACCCUAAACAAGACUUUAGUGUUUUGACUUAUGUACAAAAAGCGAGGACUUAAGAUACUUGCAAGAGGUGAGCUGUUGCAUUAAAAACACAAUAAACCGUUUCUACAAUCGCGGUUUCAGCUGAUAACAUACUCUUCCUCUUGUACUAUUUGCACAGUGUUAGAUAUCAAUGUUGCUGUUACAUGAGUGGGAUCAUAUUUACUUUUAUUGUAAUGGAUCUUUUGUACGUUUUAUUUGUUUAAAUCCUUUCACUUGGGAAAUAGUUUCAGAUCUCCAAUCUGCUUUUUAUGUAAAAGCAGCAGUUCUGGAUUGUGGCUUUAAUUCUGGAUGGAUUUUAUUAAGCUUGUUGAAAAUGUAUUAUCCAAAAAAUGACAUGCUGCAGUUACUUAAACUGGAAGCCCUUUUAAAGUAAAUUUACCACGGUAUUUCACAGCGUUAUGUUGAUUGUGGCGCAUGUUACAUUGCUAUUUAUGAAUGUGUGAAGGCUCUGGUUGCAUUAUGUACUUCAGUGUCAAUGUAUUCUUGAUUCCCAAAGUCUUUAUUGUAUCGACGCCGGCAGCUUGUCGGUCUCUAAAAUUGCACAUCAGACAUUUGAAACCGUUCCUCUGUUUCCAUAUUCAUGUAUCAGUAGGAAUACAGCUCGUUUUUUAAAUAUAAUUGCCUUUUAUUUUUACUCUUUUAGUUUUUAAUUCAGUUAUGAUGCCUUAUAGGUUUUGAGUCUUGAAGUUUUAAUUCCAAAGUUACUUGCACUGUCAUUUGCAAUUUUUUCCAGUCGUUGGAGUCCUUGAGAUUUCAAACAUCGAUAGCAAUGUUUAUGGGUCUUUGAAAGAUUUUUGAUUGCGAUUACAAAUGUGCAAUAUGCAUUAAAGUUGCUGGAAUUACUAUGUCAAGUUCAUCGGGAUAAUCAGUUCCAGGUAUUUCUCAAGAACCUGAAUGAAAGACUUGACAGCUGUUUGUUCUGAAUCAUUAGUGUAUCAUCUAGAAUAAGUACCAUGUCAUUUAUUUUUCAGAUUUGCCAUACACUUACUAUGACAGGAUCUGUUGUAUCUGUGUGUCAGAGACUGAAAUGAUUGAGGGGUGUUGUGAAUAAAAACUAAAAUGGAUUGUGAGCGCACGAUAAACAUUAUAAAGAAAUGCCAAAGCGGAUAGAUUUUGCCUAUCAGUCGUUCAAGUUGUAAAUAUAUUCUGGAAGCCAGAAAAAUUAAGUGAAAGAUGGAUAUUUUUUGACAUAUUGGUAACAUAUUGGUAUUCCCUCUCAGUCGCCCAAGAUGAAUGUCCAAUUAUCAGAGAAGAAAUAUCAUUUACCAUAAACUGUAUAUUAUACCAUAUAUUCUUAUGAAAAAGAUCAUAAUAAAAACUCAUUUUAUUGA